UACGAUUUAGCGCCAUGAUUUUAGUAUCGCUUAAAACUGUAGCAGUGUGCAUCUCCCUACUGAAGGGAAUACUAAACCUUUUUUUUUUGUACAGUUGGCGUUGGAUUGCUGAUUAUCUUAAAGUGCGUAUACAAACAAAGAAAGACGUCAUUCUGUAAUUUUCAAGUGAGGUUUGUAUUAAUAAAUAAAGAAAGAAUGGCUGGAGGAAGAGGAAUUCUAAGUUUACGAUUUAAUCAAGAUCAAGGAUGUUUUACAUGCUGCAUGGAGUCUGGACUUCGAAUAUAUAAUGUAGAGCCUCUGGUAGAAAAAGCACAUUUUGAAAAUGAACUAAUGGGUAGUAUUGCCAUAGGAGAAAUGCUCUGGAGAACAAAUAUUAUUGCUGUUGUUGGUGGUGGUACAAGACCAAAAUUUGCAGAUAAUACAGUUUUAAUCUACGAUGACGUCUCUAAGAAGUUUGUAAUGGAAAUCACAUUCACAAGUCCUAUUAAAGCUGUAAGAUUACGUAGGGACAAAUUAAUUGUUGCACUGCAAAGAGAAAUUCAUGUCUUUUCGUUUCCACUGCCAACGCGUAGACUUCUUACCUUGGAAACAAGAGACAACCCAAAGGGCUUGGUAGAGGUUGCAACACUUGCAACAGCCCAUAAACAAUUGCUUGCGUUCCCAGGACACAAACGUGGGAGUGUACAGUUAGUUGAUUUAGCUGCAACGGAAGCUGGGAGUUCCAGUGCACCAGCGACACUCACAGCACAUCAGGGAGCAUUAGCUUGCCUUGCAGUGAAUGCUAGUGGAACGAUGGUAGCUACAGCUUCUACUCAGGGAACUCUCGUUCGAGUAUGGGAUAGCCUGCGCAGACAUUUACUUGUUGAACUGAGAAGAGGUGCAGAUCCAGCAACACUUUACUGCAUAACGUUUAGCAGAGAUUCUGAGUUUCUCUGCGCCUCCAGCGAUAAAGGGACGGUCCAUAUAUUUGCUUUAAAGGAUACACAUCUCAAUCGUAGAUCCACUUUCUCCAAGAUGGGGUUUCUGGGGAAUUAUGUAGAGAGUCAAUGGGCCCUGGCAACAUUUACUGUACCACCAGAAUGCGCUUGUGUUUGCGCUUUUGGAGCAAGAAGUUCGGUCAUAGUUCCAGCAAUAUGCAUGGAUGGGACGUUCCACAAAUAUGUGUUCACAGCUGAUGGUAAUUGUAAUCGCGAAGCCUUUGAUGUCUUUUUGGAUGUCUGUGAUGAUGAUUUUUGAAAUAAAGUUACAAAAUUUAUUAGUAAAAAUGAACUGUGUUACUAGCUCCUAGAUCAAAAUUAAGAAAGUUUUUAUUUUGUAUCUACUA